GUUCAGUGAGCGAGUGCGAACAACAACGACAACGACAACGAAAGCAACGCCAGCAGGCAAAGCAAAGCAAGCAAGCAACAACGGAUAUCGUCAUGAGUGAGGCAAAGCCGAAGAAGGCCAAGACAGAGGGGCGUGUGGCCCUGAUCACAGGCAUCACGGGACAGGAUGGAUCCUACUUGGCCGAGCUCCUGAUUGAGAAGGGAUACAAGGUCCAUGGCAUCAUUCGCCGCUCCUCAUCCUUCAACACAGGCCGCAUCGAGCACCUGUUUGCCAACCCACUCACCCACGCACAGAAGAACAUGGUGCUGCACUACGGUGACUUGACGGACAGCACGUGUCUGAUCAAGAUCAUCACAGAGGUGAAGCCGGAUGAGGUGUACAACCUCGGUGCCAUGAGCCACGUCAAGGUCUCCUUCGAUAUGGCUGAGUAUACGGGGAACGUCGACGGCCUCGGUACCCUCCGGCUCCUGGAUGCGCUGCGCACCGCCGGCCUGGGCGACACCGUCCGCUUCUACCAGGCCUCAACAAGUGAGCUGUACGGGAAAGUGCACGAGAUUCCGCAGACGGAGACGACGCCCUUCCACCCCAGGUCGCCAUAUGGUGUUGCGAAGAUGUACGGGUACUGGAUUGUUGUCAACUACCGCGAGGCAUAUGGCAUGCACUGCAACAACGGCAUUCUCUUCAACCACGAGAGCCCGCGCAGAGGCGAGACGUUUGUGACGCGCAAGAUCACACGCGCCGUCGCCAAGAUUUCCCUGGGUCUGCAGGAGGAGGUUGUGCUGGGCAACCUUGAUGCAAAGCGGGACUGGGGCCAUGCGCGGGACUAUGUGGAGAUGAUGUGGCUCAUGCUCCAACAGGACACCCCAGACGACUACGUCAUCGCCACAAACGAGGCGCACUCUGUUCGAGAGUUUGUUGAGCUGGCGUUUGGGGAGAUUGGCGUGACGAUUGUGUGGGAGGGCGAGGGUGUCAACGAGGUUGGAAAGGACAAGGAGACGGGCAAGGUCCGCGUUCGCGUCUCAGAGAAGUUCUAUCGCCCUGCGGAGGUUGAUUUCCUGCUGGGCAAUCCGGAGAAGGCGGAGCGGCAGCUCGGCUGGAAGCCAAAGAUCUCCCUCAACGACCUGGUCAAGGAGAUGGUGAAGGCUGACAUCGACCUCAUGUCCCACAACCCGCGCGCCUAGACCCGAACCCACCACGCACGCACACGCACUCCCGUGUUACCACGUGCGUGUGUGCGUGUGUGAGUGUCUGUCUCUGCUGUCUCCCCAGUCAAACUGUCUCCCCCGUCUGUCUAUUCGUGUGUGUGUGUGUGUGUGUGUGUGUGUGUGUGUGUACCGCGCAUGUCCAUGCUGGGCUUUGUGCUUUAGUUCGUGUGCUUGCUGAGUUACCUCAAGUAUGCGCGUGCGUGCCGUGAGUUUGAGUGCUUGGUGCGUUGCUUCGACGAAGCAAUCGUUAUUAUCGAGGCCACGGUACCACGAGAUGAAGUUAUGCCGCGAAUACGCCAACACCCACCACAUACAAAUGACGCAAGGAUAACCACGCAACCGAACUAAUGUAAACAUGUCCAGGCA